CCGCUCUUUUCCUCGCAAUGGAUAUUCCGCAAACACAGGAAGAAGUGAUAGCCCGUCCGACCAAACGGAAGAGAGUCGCAUUGGCAUGUGAUACAUGUCGGGAACGGAAGAUCAAGUGCGAUGGGUCUAAGCCUGUGUGUAAUCCCUGCAGAAAACGAGGGGAACCGGCUGUGCGGUGCGUUUACACUGUUAUUGCUGGGACAGCGAAGCAGCUUAGUGAGCAAGAGUACAUUGCAUCGUUGCAAAAACAGGUGCAGGAUAUGCAACUGGUGAUUGACCAGCUCCGCCAAGAUGCAGAACUCACCCCCAAGAGCCCCAGGGACAGACCCCCAGGUACAAUCCACACCACAACAGGCGGCCCAAGUCCCGUGAGUACAAUGGGCGCUACAACUCUCACUCUAAACCGUCAAGAAGAUGAAUUCUUCGGUCAAUCUUCGGUUCACUCUCUUCUCCGAGAGGUUCCUCAUCCCGAUCGCCACCGGUCAGCGGCCCCACUUCGGAAUCGGGACCGGAGUUCCGCGACGUCACUUCUAACGGCCGAGUUUGCUUUGCCGCCGCGACAAGUAGCUGAUAAGUUUCUGGAUUUGUACUUUGAUAGUGUGCAUAUUUUCUAUCCUUGGUGUCAUUCCACGUGGUUUAGGAAACGGUAUGAGGCAUUAUGGACGUCGACUGGGUAUCCGGGGGCGGAGAUGGGUCAAGCUGGUGAUAUUGGCGUGGGAGGUGAUCAGUGUCCUGAAACUUCUUUCUUCUGCGCCCUGAAUGCAAUGUUUGCUUUGGGGUGCGAGUUCUCAGAUCUGCCGGAGAAGGAAUCUGCUUCGGCAAUGUUCAGUUCACGGAUGAGAAGCUUGUUGCAGAUGGAUAUCCUUGAUAAAGCUGAUCUGUCGCAUGUGCAAGCCUUGCUCCUUGCGGGGCACUAUGCGCUGUCGAGCGAGUAUCCAAUCAGAUGCUAUAAUAUUAUCGGCCUCGCGUGCAGGAUAGCUGUUGGCCUGGGUUUGCAUACAGAAAGGCAUGCUGAUCAGAGAUCUGUUAUGGAGAAUGAAGUGCGACGAAGGGUCUGGUAUGGAUGUUUGCAAAUGGAGAUGACAGUUUGUAUGACCCUAGGAAGACCGCCAGUUCUCCAAAUGACAGACGACGUUCUCGUACCCGCCGCAGUCGACGACGAGUUCAUCUGUCCUAAUGCCACCUCAUGUAUUCAACCCGAAGGAACAGUAUCACAGAAUCUCUUUGUCGUAGAGAACAUCCGACUAGCCAAGAUACUCGGCAAAAUCCUGUCUUCGAUCUACUGGCCAAGUUCAUCCUCCGACUUCAGCGCCCUCGUUCGUCUAGAUGGGCUUCUAGAAGAUUUUCGAAAUUCCCUGGUUGAUGAUUUGAAAUGGUGGGAUAAUGACACGCCGAGAGAACAAGGAACUAGAGGUUAUGUUUUGAAGCGGCAGAGAAAUGUCUUACAUGCUAGGUUUCUCCAUCUUAGGAUUCUACUGUACAGACCAAGUUUUAGUACAUUCUGCGCUGCUGCGAGGCGUUCACGACAGCGGCGGGGUACAGGCUCUGGCUCAGAUGAAGUCGGUGUUGAAGCAAAUACUCUGCAGGGAGUUUUUCAAGCUCAGUGCGCUACUACGUGUGUUCAAGUUGCCUACGAAUUGUCGGCAUCCCUUUUAGCUGCCAGGGAAGUGGAGGCGACUGGAGCAUGGUGGUUCAGCUUAUUCUAUCUCAUGACAUGUGGCGGCAUAAUAAUCCUCGCUGAGUGUGCCCAAGCUGGAGGAAGUAAGCACUUCAAUCAGCAACAACUCAAUGCCACCUGGGAGAACACUACAGUGCUUCUUCAGGUGAUUGGUAGGGAAAAUGCCCGCGCGAGAGGAUACUUGGAGCAUCUACUUCUUUUGAAGGAUCAAGCACGCUCUGCAUAUUUCUGUACGUCAAGGUGUACUUGCAAAGACCAAACCUUUCGGCUGAUACUUUCCCAGCAAUACGCAAUUCUGCAGUGCCGUCCCGGGUACCAUCGCGUAGACCGUCAGUCAGCCUCGAAGGCCAGUCCGAUGACAAUGGGGAUGAAGGGAUUCCUUUGCCGGCAGAAGGUCAGACGGAACAGGUUGAUUUCAUUGCAUCGCUUUUCCAGGAUAAUUGGGACUGGAGUCUUGACGGUGGUAUGCCGACUUACGGUGGUCUUGGAUUUGGAGAUGAGUUCAUAUUUCCUCUACCUAGCUGACAACAACACCCUAAAUUCAACUCGACUACUUCACAGCCCUGUCCAAUACUGAGUCUUCGGAUUUGUAACAGUGACAGUCUGGAGGAUCUCCGCGGAGCUGAAGCAGAUAUGUAGAAGGAAUUCGCCCUGUGGCAUCUUCCACUUGUCCACAGCGGUAUCAAAGUAGCUAAACG